GAGGGGCGGGGUCGAGCGGGUGUGGGGUCCACUUCCGGCCGGGGGCGCGGCUCAGGCUCGGGGCCUGAGGAUACGGGGUCGGUGUGUGCGGGCCCGCGGGGUGCCCCGUCCCUGCCCCCCAGCACGUCCGGUUCCGCGCGUCGGAGCCCCCCCCCCCCCCCUCGGGCCAGCGCGUCCCGGGGCUUCUGCGCUCGGGCCUGUGUCCCAGGGGCCGCCGGGGCCGGGGCCGCCCGAGGAGCCUGCCCGGAGCCUCGCUAGUGAGCGGCCGGCGUUCAUAACGUUCUGUGCUUGUAAAACAGCAUUGUGGAUACUGGAGAAAGCCACCCACAACUUAGACAGUAAAACCUUGAUUAACCGGAACUCAGCUAACCGGUAUUUUUGUGAGGGUGGAAGGAAGCUACAGGCGGAAGGCAGGGAGAGCUGCCCCCCCCCACCACCAAGAAGCCUUGAAGUUCAAAGCAAAGUUCUGUGAUUGGUUCCUUCAUCGCCCUGAGAAGAUCUGCCUCCCCAAGUCAGAGAAGCUCUGAAUGUGGUCUGGGAACUGAACAAGUUGCUAAAAAAGUGGAUUUCUGUGAGCACCAGAGUGAAGAAGACGGGGAAGGCUGAGGCAAACGGGUUGGGGGCAGUGGGAGGAGAAGGAAGGAAGACGUGGUGGGGAAUGAGAAUGAGGAGAGGGCAAGAAGGGAAGACCAAAUAUUGAUGAAGUAGCAAGGUGGCCAGGAACCUUGGGAGAAAGCUGUGAGAGGAAAAUUAAAAGGAAACCUCAAGCAAAUUGAAAGGGAAAGGGGAAUAGUGAGGUGAAAGCAGAAAAGCCAGUAGUACUCUGAAAAAGUAUAGCAUACAUCUGUAUUCCUCUUUAAGUCACAGUGCACAUAAGCCAUCCAAUCCCAUGGCUUCCAAACAGCCCGUAGUGAAGAACAAAGGAGAGAAGCGUAAGAGAGUUGUGCUGACCUUAAAGGAGAAAAUUGAUAUCUGUACCCGUCUUGAGAAAGGUGAAAACAGGAAAGCUUUGAUGCAAGAGUACAAUGUUGGCAUGUCUACCUUAUAUGACAUCAAGGCCCACAAGGGACAGCUACUUCGGUUUUUUGCUAAUUCGGAUUCCAACAAAGCCCUCGAACACCGGCGCACUUUGCACACCCCUAAGCUAGAGCAUCUCGAUCGGGUUUUGUAUGAGUGGUUCUUGGUGAAGCGGUCAGAGGGAGUCCCUGUUUCUGGCCCGAUGCUCAUUGAGAAGGCUAAAGACUUUUAUGAGCAGAUGCAGUUGACUGAGCCAUGUGUUUUUUCUGGAGGAUGGCUUUGGAGAUUUAAGGCCCGGCACGGCAUCAAAAAGCUAGAUGUUUCCAACGAAAGACAGUCAGCAGACCACCAGGCUGCAGAGCAGUUUUGUGGGUUUUUCCGAAGUUUAAUUGCAGAGCAUGGUUUGUCCCCUGAGCAGUUUUACAAUGCUGAUGAAACUGGUCUGUUCUGGCGUUGCCUGCCAAAUUCAACUCCCGAAGGGGCCAGUGCCUCAGGUUUGAAACAGACUAAGGACAGAUUGACGGUCCUCAUGUGUGCUAAUGCUGCAGGCUCCCACAAAAUCAAACCUUUGGUGAUUGGAAAGUGUAAUGGCCCCAGGACUUUUAAAGGAAUUCAGCAUUUACCUGUUGCUUACAAGGCACAGGGUAAUGCAUGGAUGGACAAAGAAAUUUUUUCUGAUUGGUUUCAUCAUAUUUUUGUACCUUCAGUCAAAGAUCAUUUUAGAAAUAUAGGCUUACCUGAUGACAGUAAAGCCAUUCUUCUGCUAGACAAUUCUCGAGCCCAUCCUCAGGAAGCAGAGCUAGUUUCUGAUAACAUUUUUACCAUCUUCCUGCCAGCUAGUGUUACCUCAUUGAUUCAGCCUAUGGACCAGGGCAUUAGAAGAGAUUUUAUGAGAAAUUUCAUCAAUCCUCCAGUUACUGUACAAGAUUUUCAAACUCGUUACAAUAUAAGUGAUGCCAUUUUUAAUGUUGCUUGUGCCUGGAAUUCUGUUUCUAGUGAAAUACUAAGACGGGCAUGGAGAAAAUUAUGGCCUAGUGUUAUGUUUGCAGAAGUAUCUUCUGAUGAAGAAGAAUUUGACCGAUUUAGAGUAAGACCUCCAAAUAACACUCUGGUGCAAAUUCUUGAAAUGGUGAAGGAUGGUCCUUCACCCCCAGUCAACAGACUGAAUAAAAGUGAGGGAGUUGAGUGGGCUGAUGCCGACCAAGAAGGUGAAGUGUCACAGGGUGUUAGUGACACAGAAAUAAUAGAAACUGUUUGGAAUCCUGACAGUGGAACUGAUUCUGAAAAAGACAGUGAUGGAGAAUAUUUUAGGGAAGGGGAGAAAACAUCUUGGGAAAAAGCUGCUUCAUCCUUUGAUUCAAUUAUUAGUUUUGCAGAAAAACAGCCAUGUUUUACAAACCAGGAGAUUAUGCAGUUGCAUAUGCUGCAUGCAAUUUUUAUGCGACAAAGGCAGAUGGCAAACAAACAAAUUGAGAUCAGAGAUAUAGUCAAGAUAGAAAAUCCCAGGGGAUAUCCUGGAGUUUGCACUGAUUCAGCCCAAUCUCCUAUACCAUCUACAUCUACAGCAUUCUAUAGUAAUAACUGAUAGGCAUUUUGGUUUCCCUGAGGCCCUGUGAGAUCUUAGCUCAUCAGAGUAGGAGACAUGUAUCCAGCAGGUUAUAUUUUUACUGAGGCAAAAAAGUGGAUUGAAACUUUUAGAGAGAUUUUCUGUAGGGGUUGGUUAAUCUGGAAAUCCAUUUAAUUAGGACAAUUCAAACUCCAUGUGCAUUCCGGUUAAUCGAGGUUUUACUCUGUCACUCUUUACGUAGUUUGAGGAAUCCCUAAAGGAAGAUUUUCCUUUGUAGCACAGAAUUGAGUAUAGUGCAAACCUAUAUUUUAACUUUCAGAAAGCACUCCCCGUGCAGAAUCUUUCUAGUAGUAAUAGGAUCCAGAGACUUAGAGCUUAGUGUAGAGGAGGGGAAGUGUAAAUUAUUCAGAUUACUACAACUCAGUGUCUACAGACCUUUUUCUUGCGGGGAUUUAAUGAGUCUUAGGGGCUUGUUGUUUCUCCGGGUUUUUAACUGGAGAAGGGUUUGGAAUGUCUGAUUUUGACAGGUUUAUUAGGUAGCAUAAAUCCUUCAGAUGAACUUAAGUGAGAUUUUGAAUGGGUCUCUGGAGGGCUUGGAGUUAUCACAUUCCCACUGGAAAAAAAUGAUAAUCUUUCAGUUUUUGAUAUAAUAUUUCUAAGAACUCAGAACUAAUAAUAUUCCCAAUUUAGUAUAAUUACAUUCUGGUAGUAAGAAGGAAAUUGCUAUGUGACCUGGGAAAGUCAGUCUCCACCCUCACUCCCAAUACCUAUUCUUCCUCUCAUUAAAAUUGGGAAUUAGAUUAGAUGACUUCUAAAGCCCUUCUAGUUUUCCACAAUUCUAUGGAAAUACAUUUUUGACAAUUUAUAUCUGAAACAAGGCGCUGGCAGCAAGGUAUAUAGCCACUCAAUGUUAAAAUGAUUUCCUUCUCAAGGAUAUCAGAAAUGCCAUCCUAAAUUGGACUGCUCCUCUGUUCAGCCCCAUGUGGGGACCACAAUGGGCAUUUUGAUGAUAUUUGCCUUCUUUUGAGUAACUUGGGUCAAGUUACUUCUCUGGAGUAUUUCCUUGCCAUUAAAAGAAGGGGUUUGGAUGAGGCAGUCAUGAAGUGCCCUUCUGUCUUUAACUUUCUGUAAUUAAUUAUGUAUGUAGAUUAUGUACUCCAAAGUCUUCUAUAUUACAUUCCCAGAAAUUUCAGUUGAUCCCAUAUCUUUUAUUUUUAAAAUGUCCUUAAAUCAAGACCAAGACUUAACAAGUUUCUUCAGUAUCUGUUCUAUGUGAAUUGCUGAAUUUCUAUGCCAAGAGAUAUACAGUGGUUAUUUGAACUUGACUUUGUAGCCUUGAACAUUCUUAUCUCAUUGUUAAAAAGUCUGGCUGCUUUUUUCCCUUUUUUAUUUAGGUCAAUUUUGUCAAAAAAGUUAAUUUUUUUCCCCAUUUAUACCAUGGUAAUCUUUCCAUUCUUUUUUCAUUCUUGGGGCUCUAACUUUCAUUUAACUUUGGAUUAAUGUUGCAGCAAUGGAAUCAGCACAUAUUUUUCAUUCCAGGGUUUCCUAUCUCUUCCACCAAGAGGCAUUUAAGACCUGGUGGAUAGAAUUUUGUCCACAGCUUGUUAAAUAGCUAUUUUUUCAUGUUUCUUGUUUUAAAUGAAAUAACCCUACAAAAUAUAAAUGCAUUGUGUAUUUCUUGCUUUAUAUGCAUGUGUAUAGAUUAUGCAAUAUUUCAAAUAGCUUUUAAAAAUCAUUAUUGCUACAUAAAGUCAAAUUGACUUUGUAUCCUCAUUACUGUUAUGUCACUUGCUGUUGAGUCCCAUUGUGUCUUUGAGAUGUUGUUUGUAUAUCUGUGUAUUUUUGUGCCGUUUCUGUGAUCUUUUCACUGUUGAUCCUUUUACAAAAGACUUAGAUUCACCUCUGCUUAGGGGAAUGACAUGCAAGAUGCUGGAGUGACUUAAAGACACUGCUCUCCUCUUUCCCUUUUAUUGCUCGUAACUGAAUAAAGGGCAGCUCAUUCAAAAGACCAUUUUCUGAUGCGAUUACCCUCUGUUCAAACCUCAAAGUCUUUAAAAAGGAAAAAAAAGUGAGCUUUGUAAUUGUUUGUGAAAAUUUUGGUAAGCAGAAGGACAUAGGAUGAGUGCUGCCUUAAUUAGAUACCGAAUUCCUAACUCCAACUGGAGGUGUUCAAACUUGUAGUAAAGUGCUUUGCUAUAUUUAUUGAGCUGAAUGGAACGCAAGGCCCACUGUGGUCAGGGAUAUUGUAGGGGAGAUUCAUUUAUAGAUGCCCCUUCUGACUCAGACUCUAUGAUUCUGUAAGUUCUUGUUUUGGUCUUAUAUUGUUUCCUAUAUGUGUCCUGUCUCCAGCUAGAUUGUAAGCUCUUGGUGAGCAGGAAUUAUGUCUUAAUUUCAGCACUUUUCACAGUUUUCAAACACUGAGCAUAUAGUCAAUGAUCAAUAAAUACUAGAUGGAUUGAGGGGAUGUAUCUUUGAGAUACUCUCAUCUUAAUAGUCCUAUUCUAUAUUCCGAAAGAAAGAUGGGGAGACUACAUUUUGUAGUAACUUAAUGAACAUCAUUACCUCUAUUUUGGUUAAGUUACCCUCAUGAGGUACCCUCAUGAUGAAAUACCGGGAUAUUAUGACAACUUGUUUCUCUUUUUCCAUUGGUCUGUUAUGGUACUCUGGCCCAAAAGGUUAGUCCUUUUUGGCCUGAACUUUUGAGCGCCAGCUUUGCCCUUUUCUUUAUACCUUACUUUGACUGGAGGUUCCCAGCAGCUUUUUUCUUUGGCAAAUUGAUUCUAGUGCAUGAUAUGUGUGCAUUCUGUGAGGAGGAUUAGGGUAAAUUGAUAAGCGGAUUAUAAAUACAAAAUAGAAUAAUACUUUUUUUGCCCAAUUUAAGAGAGUCUUAUGUUUGAAUUGGUCUACUCAGUUCAACUCUUGGCCUUGGCUUUUAUUUCCUUAGCUCCCUGAAAAGCCAAGUUUCGUUUUGUCUCAGAAAGCUUGCCUAGCUACCCAAAAUGCUAGAUCUUUAUUCUCUGGUUGUUCAAUCUAAACCCUCAAUGGCCCCAAAUUGAUAAUAACCCUCAAUUCCUUUCAAGUCUUCUUUCUGGAGCAAAUGCCUACUUUUUUUAGCUUUAAUCAAAUUUCCCUUCUUUUCCAUUCACUGACACUUUUUAUGACUAAUCCAGUAGCUAGUUGUUGUCCAGGAAUAUGCCUACAUAACUUAUUUUUCAUCCUUCUCUCCCCCCUCUCCCUGCCAGGAGGAAAUGUGAUGUGAGGGGGAAAAAUACUGAGAACCUGAUGACCUGGGUUCCAAUCUCAGCUUGUGUCUAUUUUUUUGUUUUGUAACUUUUUCAAGUCAUUUCUCCAUAUGUAAAAUGGGUUAGAGAUAGAGGAAGAAAAGGGGUAUUAGAAGAUUAUUAGGGACUUUUCCUGAUGGUUCCUCAUACCAUUUCUCCCGAUUUUCUUUAGCCUUAGAUAAUGAAUUCUGGAAAUUCCAGUGGAGGUCUUUACUUAUUAUUGAAGUGUGCUUUUUCCUUCACCUUUUAUCCUUUUUAUGCUUUCUUCAGUUAUCAGACUCUCAAACAGUCAACUUCCAAGUACAUUAAAAGGAUAAGAUGAAUUUUGAAAGGUGAUUACCAGGUUAAUGACCCUCCUUUCCAUUGUGAAGAUGGAUUGAGUGAUGGGUUAUGGAUCACUUGUAGAGUCUUCAUGUUGCUCAAAAAAUGACCCAAUCAAAACUUUACUGAUCAAAUAUAUUUGGGUUAAUAUAUUCAUCAUUUUGUAUGAAUUUAUUUACUCAGUGUUUUGCCCCUAAUCUUUAUUUAAAGGCAGUAACUGGCAAUGAAAAUCUGGAUUAGGGUUGUGAGAGAAAUGAUGUCAUGAGGAGGUCCACAGACCCAUGUGGAAUGAAUGUAGGGUGAUAGGUGAUCCCUGCCAGGUCAAAAGGAGACUCUAGAAACCUGGUGGAUUUAUUGUAAGAUAGUUUCUGGAAGUUGGGUUAAAGUUAGAAAGGAUAAUUUCCAAACCUUUCAUUUUAUAGUUUGUGAGUAGACAAAAAUCUUGCCUUUAUAUAAUUCACUGUUGUUUCUACUGCUCCAAUGAAUAAUGCCUACUAGUUUUAUCUGAGUUUUGGAAUGGUAUGGAAAACAAAUGCUGUGGGGAAGGGGCCAUUUAAACUUAGAGCCAAUAGGAGGUUAGUAGAUAUUAAUAUAUCAAAAGUAUAAAUUAGGGCUAUGAUAUUGGCUUGGUAGUAUAGGGGAAACCUGGGAUCUGGUCUUAGCUUUGACCGUAAACAAUCAAAUCAUUCCCUUGCAUUUCUAAAUUUUUUCCUCUGAAAGGUGAGAACUAGAAGAGGCUUUGGAGAUCCUAUUAUCUGAAGCAUUUUUUAUAGUUGAGCAAAUUUUUAUAGGUAUAGAGAGAAGACUUGCCUAAAGGCAUACUGUUUAAUGAGUUGAUCUCAAGACUUCUAAUUAAUUCUCAAGUCUAGGUUCUUUUUCAAUAAUAUAAGGCUCUCCAGGUUCCUUCCAGUCUGAUGUAUGAUUCUAUAAUAAAGUAGAUAAUUGGGAAAAAAACAGAAAUUAACAAAAUCUUUUGAGAGAAGGCACUUCAUGUGGAAAUGAAUGAUCUUUAAUAGCAACUUCAAAGCAAAACAUCCUAGUUUUCCCUAGGAAAGAUUUAUGUUUCUGUUAUCAUGAAUUGGUACCAAAAACAUUUCUCUUACCUUUAUCUAGUGAAAUAGUUUCCCUAAGUUUUCUCCCUCUAUGGGAGCUCACUAUUUGAGAAUUUCUGAGACUUCAUGACUAAUUACAUACAUUUUAUUGAGUUUAUAGGUUUUGAUCAGAUCCUAGGAUUUCCAGACUAAAGAAUUAUAAUUGAUCCUUUUAAUCUGUAUUUAAAGAGCAGCCUUUUCCUUGAUUUCUUUAAUUCAUUUAAGUUACCUUAUUUGGAUAUUCAGCUCCAUUUUAGGAGUCAGCCUGUGAAUACUUGCAAGAUGGCUUGGUUUCUGGGCCUUUACAAGAGAAAAAGAAAAUAUGAUAGCCACUUUCAUAGCUCUAACAUGAUUAUAAGCAUAGUUGAAUGAAAUAAGCAUCAUAUUUGGAGUUAGGAGGCUUGGGUUCUAAUGCUAUCUUUGUUAGUGACUCGGUCACACCAGUUCAUAUUUCUGAAUGAGGGUUUUUUUUUUUUUUUUGUUAAGUGAGGGGGCAUGAAAAUCUCUUAGGAGCCCUUCCAGUUUUAACAUUCUAUAAUGAAAUCAUACUUAGAAACUCAGUUGCCCACUCAUCAUAGCAUUUGGUGUUUCACUGAGCUUGCACAUUAAAGAGCUUAUUCUGCCUUCCAGAUGAUUUAUAAAAUGAUUGAGGACUCUACCACUUAAACUUGGGAGUCUCUGUCUCCCUCCCCUCCCUCUCCCUCCACUCCCUUCUCUGUGUAUAUAUAUAUUUCCUCCCAGAGAAAUGGCCAUUGAACUCUUCCUGACAUUUAAAGUAUAAAAGGCACCUGUGAUUUAAUGGGAAACAACACUGGAUUUUGAGUGUUAAAAGACUUUGGCUUGAGAUCUGACUGUCACUAGCUAUGUGACUUUGGAUAAACCAUUUGUUUUUAUUUGAACCUUAGUUUCCUCAUUUAUAAAUUGGGAAUAAUAAUGCACUAAUCUCAGGACUGACUGUAUGGAUCAAAUGCAAUAAUAUGUGCAAAGGACUAUAUAAGUGCUAUCUUAUAAGCCAACUCCUAUCCAUGAUAGAGCGUCCUUCCUUGCCUUCCCUUUUAUGGUAACUCAAUUUUUUUUAGUCUUUGGUGUGGAACAGUUCAAGUCAUUUUGAAAUAUUUCACUGUUUUUACUAUAUCAGUUUGUUUACUUGCUCAGAAAAAUCUGAAAUUAAUAAGACCAGAUUUAUCCUAGCAGAAAAUGGAUGGUCUUUCUUCCAGUAGGUUGGCCUUUUUUCACUAUGGUGACCCAGCUCUUUAUUAUAAGCUUAUUAUAAGAAAAAAGUUUCACUAGUUUGUUGCUGAAGGGAAUUCUUUUUAGGACCCUGUUUUAGAUAGAACCUACACUUGCAUUUCUCUAGCCCAUCCAGUUCUCUGGCCUAUAACCUCAUGGUUUCCCUGUGGGUCACCAUAUUAUAGAACCAAGUCCUUUGUGGACACCAUUUCUAAUAUUGUAUUCUCUUGACUCAUGCAUUCCAGUAUAGCAGAACUCCUAGUUUUCCUUCCUCCCUUCCUCUUCCCCCACCCCUCUCCAUUCCCCCUUCCAUUUUAUCCUUUGAUUCAUAUCAAAGUUGAUUUUGGACCCAAAGGCAGAUCUUACCAUAUGUUCUUUCUAAAUUUUGUCUUGUUAGGUUUGGUUCCUUUAAAACAUCUAGGUGAAAGCCUUUUGAGCUUCAGAACAUCUGCACACAGAUUUUGCAUACUGCUAAUCAGUUUCUACAGAGAGGUGAGCAGGAAGUACUUGGAUUCGAUAGCAGAGAAUUCAUGCUAGGGUUGCUUAUUUCAUCCCCAACUUAAAAACUUGUGCUGUAAUCAUAAAGUCAUUUCAUGGAUUCAUUACUGACUUUAUUAUUCAAAUGUAUUUUACCAACCUCUUAAUAUUUUUUGGAGAAACUUGCAGAAUGUUUGUUAAAUACCAUUUGGAUUAUUUAAUUUCUAGUCUUCAUGUAACUUAUCACAGUUUCCUCUUCUCCUUGUCUAGAUUAUUUUUUUUUGAAAAAUAUAUUUUUCAUAGAUAAUAAAAUCUCUCUGAACAGGAAGCUCAUCACUAGAAGGGGAACAAGCAUUUAUUAAGAAUCUACUAUAUGUCAGUCACUGUGCUAAGUGCUUUACAAGCAUCUCCUUUGAUAAAAGACUGGCUACUUGGUGAUGCUUUAAAAAAUUAUUUUUUAAACCAUAUCAACUGAAAUAGGAUUUCUACUUGCUGUGAUGCACAUAUUCUCUACAAGAGUGAAGUUACUGAUUCUUGAAGCCAGUAGGAAAACCUCAAGUGGCAGGGCUUUUAAUGAUUAUUCCAGCUCCCGCCUGAGCAUGAAUCUCUCUUGUUGCUCUGCCUGACAGGAAAGGAGCACACUACUUACUAAAGGAGUCAACCUAUCUCUCUGUAGCUUAGCUCUGAUUAUUGAAACUUGCUUAUGUUGAGUCCAAAUCUGCUUCUUUUUAGCCUUCCAUUGGUCCUAGUUCUAUCUUCUGGGGUUAUGUAGAACCAACCUGCUGCUGCUUGUCUUUGAUAUCUUUUAUUCUAAAAGUAAUCUAAAAAAGGCAUAAUACAACAGGACUGUCAUCCUUCUACCUCUGGACCCUGAUGAGCCCAAUCAAUGUAGCUUCAAAUCAAAUAAGUUCUUUUGGUGCUGACUCUUAUUAACUCAGGGGCAGUUAGAUGCUGCAGUGGAUAGUGUGCCAGGCAUGGAGUCAGAAAAAUUCAUCUUCCUGAGCUCAUAUCAAGCCUCAUCACUAGCUGUGUGACCCUGGACAAGUCACUUUACCCUGCCUCAGUUUCCUCAUCUGUAAAUUAACUGGAGAAAGAAGUGAUAAACCACUCCAGUACCUUUGCCAAGAAAAUCCUGAGCGCGGAGUCAUAAAAGGUCAAUCUGACUGAAGAAGGAUCGAAGAACCACCCAUUGGUCCAGUACGUUCUUAACUAAGCUUCCUUUCUUCCCCAUCCUGGUUGGUUUUCGUAUGAAACUGUCCCAUACCUCCUGCAUCUCAUAAUUGUGCAGCUGACUUUUUGAACCCAAGAGCAACCUAACUUUACUAUUAGGACUACAGUUUCUUAUUAGAUUUAGCCCAGCCAAUAACAGUCUUAUUGUAUGAUCUGAGAUGCUUUUGAUUCUUGAUUCUGUCAUUUAGAUCAGUGGUGCCAAACUCAGAAAGAAAGAGAGGCUACUAAAAUGUGCAUAAGGAUUUUCUUGCAGGCCAUGUAUUGGCCUUAGGAAACCACGUAGUAACACCUGUCUUCCAUUAUAUUUUCAUUUAUUCUGUUUUUCACAAUUACAUUUUAUCUGGUUUGGGCUGGGCUGUUGGAAUACUUAGAAUCCAUUAUGUCAGCUGUUCUUUCCAGCUUUUAAGGGAUCUAUGAUGAUAGAUUGAAAACUAGAAGGGACUUGAAAACCAGCCACAUAUAACCUCAACUUACAGAUGGAGGAAGCUAAGGCUAAGACAUUUCCAUGACCGUACAAACUACAAGUGCCCUUCAUUUGGGCUUCCUGCCUUUUUUUCUCUUACUUGACAAAAAUGUGUAGGUUUUAUCCCUUUUUGUUGUUGUUGUUGUUGUUGUUGAAACUGAGAUCAGAGAAGUCAAGUGACUCACAUUCAAGAACUCACUAAGUGGAAGGGCCUGGGGCUGAAAUCCUGGGCUUCUGAUUCCAGCUUCUCUUCCCCAGCCUGUGACUGGAUGAGGACUAGGGGAAUCUGGUUGAGCAGAGGGUGCCUGCUACAAGUCCUUAAACUCAGAGAGCCAAUAAUUUUUGUAUAUUUUCCCAUUUCCCUGUCUGCCCUUCCUCAGAUUGGCCCCUGCUCUAUCUUCAUUAAAACUUUUUUUUAAAUAGGACUCUGAAUUUUCCUCUUUUUCAUUGCAAGUAUUCUACACUUUCAGUAUCCCCUUUCACUUCCAUCUGUUGAAAUCCCUGGUUUCCUUCAAGGCCCAACUCGGAUGCUACCUCCUUCAUAGGCCUUCCCUGAUAUCUACUCUUAAGGAAAGAUUACACUCCUGGAAGUUUUCAUUUUAGUGUGUUUGCAUCUCUUCUUUAUGCUUGCUCACUUUGCUUCUUUCCUAAUAUAUAUUUUCCUUUCCUUAUGGGAUUAUGAGCACCUUAGUCAGGAUUGGUCUCGUGUCAAUCUUUGACAUAACUGUGUGUUCUCAGAUAGCAAAUACAAUCACAUGAACAUGAUAAGCACUUAAAUGUUUACUUGAAUUGAAGUAAAUGGUGUUGGAAAAGUAAAGGCCUAAAAAAUGGUCUCAAUUGAUCUUUCCAGCAUUUUAUUCUUUCUUGUUCCUCUAUGUGGACACUGUCUCAUCCAGACUGUUUUAUUACUAUUCCUUGCUGUAUGUAUGCCCAUUUCAUCUGCCAUACAUUUAUUUGUACAGACUCCUCUUAUCCUCUCUUUCCAUCCUUCAAAGCCUUGUUUAGAUCUUACUUCCUAAGAGAUGUUUUCCUGAAUCACUUUACAAUAAUUUGUCCUUUAGAACAAUUAUUGUCCAUGACACAUACCUGACAUUUCUGCCUUACUUAUGUCGUGAAUUAACCUUUUUUUUUUCUCAAUUAGAUUGUAAGCUCUUUGAGGUUAUGGAUUGUGCUUAUUGUAUCCUCCACAGUGCCUGUCUCAGGGUCUUAUGCAUAGUGCCGGCUAAUAUGUAGUUGAUUAAUUUAUGCAACUUUUUCCUUGAGAGGCAGUUUGGGUUGGCAAAAAACACUGGUCUUGUGUUCAGAAGACCUAAGUUCAGGUCUCACCAAUACUUCUGUGUGUAAGUCUUUUUAUUUUGCUUCAAUUUUGUCAUUUAUAAAGUGAGAAAAAAUAUUUUAUUAUGUUUUAGAGGGUUGUCACAAAAUAAAUGCAUUUAAAAUUUUAAAGUACUAUAGAAGUGAGGUUAAGUAUCAUUUCUUACUUGAAAGAAUGAGUUCUCCAUUCUAUUCUGGGAAGCCAGUCACUCCCCCCAAACUACCAUUUCUUGAGUGCUCUUAAAUCUAUUUCUGUCAUCUUCCUUUCCCUCCCCACUGGCCCCUUUAGAUUGCAGAAAUCAUUAUGACUUAAUCUAGCCCAAAUUCCUCCUUUCAGCAUUACUCUCAAAUAUAUAAUAUUUUCAUUUGCUCUCUACCAGUAGACGUAGACCUUCAGUAGUCUUUCCUUCCUCAGAAGCUGUUCUCUGAGUGUACAGUUAAUGGCUUUUUUCUGGCCAAAUUUGGCUGUUUUUUUUUUUUUUUUUUUUAAUUCUCUACCCCUUCCAGUACUGAAGGCGUGAUCUUGUUUUUGGGCAAAGGCCAAUGGAAUGCUUACAGAGCAGAGUGAGAUCAAUGAGAUCAGUAAAUGAGAAAGCUCUAAACAAUCAAGUUAGUGUGAGUUGAACAUAAGAGUGAGGUAAAAUAAAAGUAAUCAUCACUGUAUCAACCUAUUCAAUCCAGUAACUCCUUAUUGAGUACCUUCUAUAUGUAGGCACUAUAGAAGUGAGGU